AUGAAUGCGGCAUCGGCGACGCAUGGCAGGCUGGUCUCCGCCGCCACCGCCCAGCGCCGCCGCGUCAGUGGCGACAAGAAGGUUGCCGGCAAUGUCACCAAGCGCGGCCAGAUCUCAAAUCCGUCAGAGGAGGCGAGCGCUGGCGACAAGCUCCCAGUGUCCAAGCUCCUGCUCGGCUUCUUCAUGUUUGUGAUCUUUGGGUCGACUCUGCUCCAGCUCAUCAACAAGAUGGCCGAGCUUUCAACUUCCGCGUCAGGAGAGCGAGAGGAGCUCUGA